AUGUAUGCCCUGCUGGAGGAGAGUAAAGAGCAGAAACAUCAUAAUGUCAAAAGUAGAGAAAAAACUCGCUCACAGACAGAAAGAGUUUCUUUACUGAAAAGUAGAGACAAGAAAAGUUUCACCUGCACUCAGUGUGGAAAGAGUUUCACAUGCAAAGGGAAUAUCAGUGUUCACAUGAGGAUCCACACUAGAGAGAAACCGUUCACAUGUGAUCAGUGUGGGAAGAGUUUCACACAAAAAGUAAACCUUAAUAACCACGUGAUCAUCCACACUGGAGAAAAACUGCACCCAUGUGAUCAAUGCGGAAAAACAUUUUUGAGGGCUUCAAGCCUGAAGGAUCACCUGAAAGUUCAUUCAAAGGAGAAACCACAUUCAUGUUCUUUGUGUGGAAAGGGUUUUUCAUAUCUGCAGAAUUUAAAAGUUCAUCAGAAGAGACAUACUGGUGUGAGAGAUCAUAUGUGCUUUGAGUGUGAGGAGAUUUUUAUUACGGUUACAGAAUUGAAGCAGCACCAGAGGAUCCACACUGGAGAGAAACCUUACAAGUGUUCACACUGCGACAAGACAUUCAGUCGGUCAGAUACCCUGAAAAGACAUGAGAGGAUCCACACUGGAGAGAAACCA